AUGCAUUUUGUAAUCGCUGCAUCAGCUGCAGUCCUAGGGCUGGUUUCGGCAAGCAUCUUUCGAGUUCGCCAUAACUUGCGCAGAAAAGGCCUCCCUCCUGGGCCUGAUCCCCUUCCCCUUGUUGGAAACCUUCAUCAAGUUGAUUCCACAUAUCCUUGGCUCACGUUCUCCAAGUGGAAACGCGCAUAUGGCGACCUCGUCUACUGCCAGCUGUUUGGGAGAGAUGUCAUCGUCGUCAACUCAGAGAAAGUAGCCCAAGAUCUGUUUGAGAAGCGCUCGCGAAACUAUUCGGACAGGAUGGAUAUGCCAAAUAUGAUGGAACCGUACGGGUUCACUUUCGACACUGCUUUACUAAACCACGAUAGCUUGUGGCGUGGACACCGGCGUGUUUUUCAACAAACGUUGCGCCCUGAGACUAUUCCUGCGUAUCGGACAAUGCAGCUCCGUUGCGUGGCAUCCCUGCUAGGAAACUUAGAGAGUACACCUACAUCGUGGUGGAAGCAUAUUCGAACGUUCUCAGCCGCCAUCAUCAUGGGGGCUAUGUAUGACCACGAGCUUCCGGCCAACCCGGAGGACGAUAUCACGUACCGCACUAUGGUUGAAUGUGCCGACGUCAUUUUCAUAACUUCCUCGGCAGGAAUGAUCGCGCUUCUUGAGGCGCUCCCUUUCCUGAAAUAUGUGCCAACAUGGUUUCCUGGCGGACGCUGGGUUAACGCAGUAAACUUUAAACGGAUUGUGGAAGAGAUGAUCGACACACCUUUUCGUAUACUGAAGAAACGCAUCACGACCGGAGAGGCCAGACCGUGUAUAGUGUCCGAAGCCUUGGCCAAAUUCCAAGACAUGGGCAAAGUAGAAGAUGCUGAGCGAGUCAUUAGAGACGCUUGUGGUACUGGAUACAUUGCUGGAGAAGAUACGACCGGGUCGACACUGAUCGUGUUCAUCCUUGCUAUGGUCCUUCACCCACAUGUUCAAAAGCGCGCCCAGGAAGAGAUUGAGAGAGUUGUGGGAGCUGAUCGCCUCCCUGACUUCGACGAUAGGCCCACGCUACCUUAUCUCGAAGCUGUGGUACGGGAGACAAUGAGAUGGAGGCCUGUUGUACCACUUGGGAUACCCCAUGCUGCAACAAGCGACGAUGUUUAUGAAGGUCAAUCCAUUCCUGCUGGCGCCGUUGUGAUACCGAACAUCUGGAACAUAGCUCUGGACCCGGAAAUUUACCCUUCCCCAGAUACCUUUGAUCCUGAAAGAUUCCUCGACGCCAACGGUCAGCUUACCAAAGAUACGUGCGAUUUCGUGUUUGGCUUUGGACGACGCAUCUGCCCCGGCAGACAUUUUGCGCGCGCGUCUGUUUGGAUCGUGAUAGCGCAAAUACUUGGCACUUUUAAGAUAGAAAAAGCGAAAGAUGCGUCAGGAAAAUCGAUUGAGCCGGCUCCCGAGUGGGCUGCAGGAGUCACUUCGUAUCCCAAAUCAUUCCCGUGCAACUUCGUGUCUAUGCGCAAGUAA